CGUACAAAAAUAGUACCGAUAUCAAAUAUUUUCCGGAUAUUUACAUAAUUUCUUUCAAUUUUUCGUUCGAUAAACAUAUUUUUUUCAAUAAAUAUUUUCAUUAUUUUCUAUGUGAUUUCAAUAGUUUUAAAAUUACGAAAAAAAAAAUUCGAAUAAGUGUUUAGUCGGCAUUUAACCCACUGUGUAUGAAAAACUAUAUUGUCGACGCCAUGUUGGGUGUCGUACGCUAAAUUGUUCUGAAAGAGUGAAGCCUGUCAUUACACUAUUGUCAAGAAAGCAAGUAAUGACUUAUUGAAAAAACGAAAGUACACCACCAGUUUUAAAUUAGUUGCAUCAAAGGUUUUUCAAAUUUCUGUCUAAUUUUGGACAGUUGUUUUCAAUAUAGUUUCAACGGAGUCAAAUACUCCUUUUUUCAAAAUGACUACGCAAUUGCUACCGAUUCGAUUCCAAGAACAUUUACAGUUGUCAACUGUUGGAAUAUCGCAGGCCAAUGUUUCGUUUAAUACGCUUACGAUGGAAUCAGAUAAAUUUAUCUGUGUCCGUGAGAAAGUUGGUGAUACCGCACAGGUAGUUAUAAUCGAUAUGAACGAUCCAACAAAUCCUAUACGAAGACCAAUAAGUGCCGAUUCAGCGAUUAUGAAUCCAGCAUCAAAAGUGAUCGCUUUAAAAGGGAAAGCUGGUGUUGAAGCACAGAAAACAUUACAGAUUUUUAAUAUUGAAAUGAAAUCAAAGAUGAAAGCACAUACAAUGUCGGAGGAUGUUGUAUUUUGGAAAUGGAUAUCGUUAAAUACAUUAGCAUUGGUGACAGAAACAUCAGUGUUUCAUUGGUCCAUGGAAGGUGAUUCAACACCUGUUAAGAUGUUCGAUCGUCAUCAAUCUUUAAAUGGAUGUCAAAUUAUUAAUUAUCGUACAGAUCCGAAGCAAGCUUGGCUUUUGUUAGUGGGUAUCUCAGCACAACAAAAUCGUGUUGUCGGUGCAAUGCAAUUGUACUCCGUUGAAAGAAAAUGUUCACAACCAAUUGAAGGACAUGCAGCAAGUUUUGCAACAUUUAAAUUAGAAGGCAAUGCUGAACCAUCAACAUUAUUCUGUUUUGCGGUACGAACAUUACAAGGUGGUAAAUUACAUAUCAUUGAAGUUGGACAACCGCCAGCGGGUAAUCAACCAUUCCCGAAAAAAGCUGUUGAUGUGUUUUUCCCACCAGAAGCACAAACAGAUUUUCCAGUUGCAAUGCAAGUAUCAUCCAAAUAUGAUGUUAUCUAUUUGAUUACCAAAUACGGUUAUAUUCAUAUGUACGAUAUUGAAACCGCUACAUGUAUUUAUAUGAAUCGUAUUUCUACGGAUACUAUUUUUGUAACAGCGCCACAUGAAGCUAGCGGUGGAAUCAUUGGUGUAAAUCGCAAAGGUCACGUGCUAUCAGUAACCGUUGAAGAAGACAAUAUAAUCCCAUACAUCAAUUCCGUAUUACAAAAUCCAGAAUUAGCUUUACGUAUGGCUGUACGUAACAAUUUAGCGGGUGCUGAAGAAUUAUUUGUACGCAAAUUUAAUUUACUUUUCCAAAAUGCUCAGUACGCUGAAGCAGCUAAAGUUGCUGCAAAUGCACCAAAAGGUAUAUUACGUACACCAGCAACAAUACAACGUUUUCAACAAGUUCCUGCCGUUGCCGGACAAACAAGUCCACUAUUACAAUAUUUUGGCAUACUACUUGAUCAAGGUCAAUUAAAUCGUUACGAAUCAUUAGAAUUAUGUAAACCAGUAUUGUUACAAGGCCGAAAACAACUAUUAGAAAAAUGGCUAAAAGAAGAGAAACUAGAAUGUUCCGAAGAAUUAGGUGAUUUAGUUAAACAAGCAGAUCCAACCCUCGCUUUAAGUGUAUAUUUACGUGCGAAUGUACCAAAUAAGGUUAUACAAAGUUUCGCUGAAACUGGCCAAUUCCAAAAAAUUGUUUUAUAUGCUAAAAAAGUGUCUUAUACACCAGAUUAUAUAUUUUUAUUACGUCAAGUUAUGCGAACCAAUCCUGAUCAAGGUGCAAGCUUUGCUAGUAUGUUAGUUGCUGAUGAUGAACCAUUAGCGGAUAUUAAUCAAAUUGUGGAUAUAUUUAUGGAACAAAACAUGGUACAACAAUGUACGGCAUUUUUAUUGGAUGCUCUUAAAAAUAAUCGUCCCAGUGAAGGACCAUUACAAACACGUCUUCUUGAAAUGAAUUUAAUGUCAGCACCACAAGUUGCUGAUGCAAUUUUGGGUAAUGCAAUGUUUUCACAUUACGAUAAAGCUCAUAUUGCACAACUUUGUGAAAAAGCUGGUCUUUUACAACGUGCUUUGGAACAUUACACCGAUUUAUAUGAUAUCAAACGUGCUGUGGUGCAUACACAUUUAUUACCAGCCGAUUGGUUAGUUGGAUUCUUUGGAACAUUAUCCGUUGAAGAUUCACUAGAAUGUUUGAAAGCUAUGUUAACAGCAAAUAUUCGUCAAAAUUUACAAAUUUGUGUACAAAUUGCAACCAAAUACCAUGAACAACUUACAACAAAAGCUCUUAUUGAUUUAUUUGAAAGCUUUAAAAGCUACGAAGGUUUAUUCUACUUUUUGGGUUCAAUUGUGAACUUCAGUCAAGAUCAAGAAGUACACUUCAAAUACAUCCAAGCUGCGUGUAAAACUGGACAAAUUAAGGAAGUUGAACGUAUUUGCCGUGAAUCCAACUGUUAUAAUGCUGAGCGUGUAAAGAACUUCUUAAAGGAAGCGAAAUUAACCGAUCAAUUACCUUUGAUAAUCGUUUGCGAUCGUUUUGAUUUCGUACACGAUUUAGUUUUAUAUUUGUAUCGUAAUUCAUUACAAAAGUAUAUCGAAAUUUAUGUGCAAAAGGUCAAUCCUUCUCGUUUACCAGUUGUUAUUGGAGGAUUACUUGAUGUCGAUUGUUCUGAAGAUAUUAUUAAAAAUUUAAUUCUUGUUGUUCGAGGACAAUUCUCAACUGAUGAACUUGUUGAAGAAGUUGAGAAACGUAAUCGUUUAAAAUUAUUAUUACCAUGGUUAGAAUCGCGAGUACAUGAAGGAUGCGUCGAACCAGCAACACAUAAUGCUCUAGCUAAAAUCUACAUUGACAGCAACAACAAUGCUGAACGAUUCUUGAAAGAGAAUCAAUGGUACGAUAGUCGUGUAGUGGGAAGAUAUUGUGAGAAACGAGAUCCUCAUUUAGCAUGCGUAGCUUACGAACGUGGACAAUGUGAUCGAGAAUUAAUCGCUGUUUGUAAUGAAAAUUCUUUAUUCAAAUCAUUGGCCCGUUAUUUAGUACGACGUCGUGAACCUGAAUUAUGGACGGAAGUUUUAUCUGAAAGUAAUCCAUUUAAACGACAAUUGAUUGAUCAAGUUGUACAAACAGCUUUAUCUGAGACACAAGAUCCUGAAGAUAUUUCUGUUACUGUGAAAGCAUUUAUGACAGCAGAUUUACCAAACGAGUUGAUUGAAUUGUUAGAGAAAAUUGUAUUGGAUAAUUCGGUGUUCUCCGAUCAUCGUAAUUUGCAGAACUUGUUGAUUUUAACUGCGAUUAAAGCUGAUUGUAGUCGUGUCAUGGAUUAUAUUAAUCGUUUGGAUAAUUAUGAUGCUCCAGAUAUUGCAAAUAUUGCAAUUAACAAUCAAUUGUAUGAAGAAGCUUUUGCUAUUUUCAAGAAAUUCGAUGUUAAUACAUCUGCUAUUCAGGUAUUAAUUGAACAAGUAAACAAUUUAGAUCGGGCCUACGAAUUUGCUGAACGUUGUAAUGAACCAGCUGUAUGGAGUCAACUAGCUCGUGCCCAAUUAAAUCAAGGAUUAGUUAAAGAAGCAAUCGACAGUUACAUAAAAGCAGACGAUCCAUCAGCAUACAUGGAUGUUGUAGCAAUUGCAAGUAAAGCCGAUAGUUGGGAAGAUUUAGUUCGCUAUCUACAAAUGGCACGUAAAAAAGCUCGUGAAUCAUACAUUGAGAGUGAAUUAAUUUAUGCGUACGCUCGUACCGGCCGUUUAGCUGAUUUAGAAGAAUUUGUUAGUGGACCGAAUCAUGCUGAUAUCCAAAAGAUUGGUGAUCGUUGUUUCGAAGAUAAAAUGUACGAUGCUGCAAAAUUAUUAUACAACAAUGUCUCAAACUUUGCACGACUUGCAAUCACUUUGGUACACUUAAAAGAAUUUCAAGGUGCUGUUGAUGGUGCCCGCAAAGCAAACUCUACACGUACAUGGAAAGAAGUAUGUUUCGCAUGCGUUGAUGCUGAAGAAUUCCGUUUAGCACAAAUGUGCGGUAUGCAUAUUGUAGUCCAUGCAGAUGAGCUCGAAGAUUUAAUCAAUUACUAUCAAGAUCGUGGACAUUUUGAGGAAUUAAUUGGAUUAUUAGAGGCCGCACUUGGUUUGGAACGUGCCCAUAUGGGUAUGUUCACUGAAUUGGCUAUUUUAUACUCGAAAUAUAAGCCAGCACGUAUGCGAGAACAUUUAGAAUUGUUCUGGUCUCGAGUCAACAUUCCAAAAGUGUUACGUGCCGCUGAACAAGCACAUUUAUGGGCUGAACUUGUUUUCUUGUACGAUAAAUAUGAGGAAUAUGAUAAUGCAGUACUUGCUAUGAUGGCACAUCCAACUGAAGCAUGGCGUGAAGGACAUUUCAAGGAUAUUAUUACAAAAGUUGCUAAUAUGGAAUUGUAUUAUAAAGCUGUGCAAUUUUAUUUAGAUUAUAAACCGUUGUUGUUAAAUGAUAUGCUUUUGGUUCUUGCACCACGAAUGGAUCAUACUAGAUCGGUCACUUACUUCACAAAAACAAAUCAUUUACAACUUGUCAAACCAUACUUACGUUCAGUACAAAGCUUAAAUAAUAAGGCAAUAAAUGAAGCACUAAAUGGUUUAUUAAUCGAUGAAGAAGAUUAUCAAGGUCUUCGUACAUCAAUCGAUGCAUUCGACAAUUUUGACAAUAUAGGUUUAGCUCAAAAAUUGGAGAAACAUGAAUUAACAGAAUUUAGACGUAUUGCCGCAUAUUUAUAUAAAGGCAACAAUCGCUGGAAACAAAGUGUUGAAUUAUGUAAAAAAGAUCGUUUAUUCCGUGAUGCAAUGGAAUAUGCGGCUGAAUCACGACAAGGUGAACUAGCUGAAGAAUUAUUAGGAUGGUUCUUAGAGCGUGAAGCAUACGAUUGUUUUGCUGCAUGUUUAUACCAAUGUUACGAUUUAUUACGACCCGAUGUUAUAUUAGAACUUGCAUGGCGUCAUAAUAUUAUGGACUUUGCAAUGCCGUACAUGAUACAAGUCACACGAGAGCUAGCGACAAAAGUUGAACGAUUAGAGCAAGCGGAUGCACAACGACAAAAAGAUGUUGCCGAAGAGAAACCACAAAUGAUGAUGCCUGAACCACAGUUAAUGUUGACAGCUGGUCCUGGUAUGGUAUAUCAACCUCAGGUAGCUCAAGUACCUGGUUACGUUCCAAACAUGUCCUAUCAAGGUUAUGGGGGCAUGUGAGGAUUCGUAAAUCCCACACCUUCUUCUAGGUCAUCACCUUAUUUCACGUUGCCUAAACAUUGAAUAAUAAAAAAAAAAGAGAGCAUAAUAAAAUUUAAAUUUAUUUUAUGUUUCGGCGAGGCAAAAGUAUAUAAUUCCUUUAAGAUUCGCGCUAGAAUCGUAAUUUUUUUUUUUGUGGAAAGAAAGCUUUACAUAUCUGGACUAACAUCUAACGGAGUAACAUAUAUAAUCUCGAAUUAUAUACUUUUCGCGUCCACAAAACGAAGGUAUUUAAAUUUGUUUCUAUUUAAACAAAAUUUUUAGAUUUAUUUUAUCUAAAAAGAUUUAAUGCUUUUUUGAUGAAAAGUAAACUUAGAUAAGUAGAUGCAUAUAUUUCUAGAUGAAAAUUUAUUGUAUGAAUUGCUUCAUUAUAGAAAGUUCUAGCUAGAGAAAACGUAUAUAUAGAUUAUUAAUUCGUCACAAAUUACAAAAAAAAAACUUUCUAUAAAGAAACUUUUAUUUAGUUCGGAAACAAAUUUUUAGACCUUCUGUUUUUUUUUUAGAGUAUAAAAAAAAUGAAAUGAUAAUAAAAAAUUCCGUUCCCAAACCCUUGAGUGUGAGAGUGGUCUUAUAAAUAAAUAAAAAAAAUAUUUAGGACGAAUUUAGUAUUUGAGCAUUCCUCUGGUGGCCGCGACAAAAAAAAAACGUAGUUUUUCAGUAAUUUAUUUAUAAAUAAUUAAUUCCGUACUGAGAAGAUUGAUUUUCAAACGAUUUUUAUUUUUUUUUGAUUACGCUAAAAAUUUACAUCGUGGAUUGAAUUUGGGGCUGAUCAUAUUCAUUGUUGUUUUUAGCAAACUUGUAUCAUAAUAUUUAGUGUGAAAGCCAUUUAAAAAAAAAUUCAGUCAUUCCAAAGUAUUUAAUUUUAAAAUUGAGAU